AUCGUCUGGGAGCAAAGCAGGACAAGUUUGGGCCCCUGAAGGAUCAACAGCUUUCAAGUGUCUCAUCUCAGCCAGGUUCUGUGCAGCUCUCUUAAGCAACAUCUCUGAUUGUGAUGAGACGUUUAACUAUUGGGAACCGACACACUACCUCGUUUACGGAAGGGGGUUUCAGACAUGGGAAUACUCUCCAGCCUAUGCCAUCCGCUCCUAUGCUUACCUGUGGCUUCAUGCCUUACCAGCCUUGUUCCAUGCUAGAGUUCUACAAACGAACAAGGUUCUUAUCUUCUAUUUCAUCCGAUGCUUCCUGGCCUUCCUGAGCUGCAUUUGUGAACUCUACUUCUACAAGGCUGUGUGCAAGAAGUUUGGGCUACAUGUGAGCCGGCUGAUGUUGGCCUUCUUAGUACUCAGCACUGGGAUGUUUUGCUCAUCUGCAGCUUUCCUCCCAAGCAGUUUCUGCAUGUACACCACGGUGAUUGCCAUGAGUGGCUGGUAUAUGGACAAGACCUCUGUAGCAGUGCUGGGGGUGGCUGCUGGAGCCCUUCUGGGGUGGCCCUUCAGUGCAGCUCUUGGGGUUCCUAUUGCCUUUGACUUGUUGAUAUUGAAGCAGAGGUGGAAAAGUUUCCUGAACUGGUGUGUGGUGUCAUUGAUCCUGUUUUUGGUGCCCUUGGUAGUUGUGGACAGCUAUUACUAUGGGAAGUUGGUAGUUGCACCUCUCAACAUUGUUUUAUACAAUGUCUUCACCUCUCAUGGACCUGAUCUCUAUGGUAUGGAACCCUGGUCCUUCUAUUUCAUCAACGGCUUUCUGAAUUUCAACGUGGCAUUUAUUUUGGCGCUGCUUGUGCUGCCACUUACUUGUCUCAUGGAGUGUCUGCUUCAGAAAUUUCAUG